AUGUUGUUCAUCAUACUCCUUGUUGCCCUUAAUCUAUCUCUAGUCACAAACGGACUGAAGAGCUCAUUUUUGCUUGAAGGAGAUCUGAUUUGCAGUCAGCACAAACUCAACUAUAGAAUGAACGUUAUCGAGGAGGAUAAUAUAUUUGAUGACAUAAUUGGGACGACUGGAGUAGUUUAUUCAUCUUCUCCCCACCGAUUCAAUGUAUCCGCCGUGGAUGAUGGCGAUGGAAAUAACUUCUACGAAAUUGCUCUGGAAAUUGUUCAUAAUUGCAAUACUGAUGAAAAACGUUUUAGAAAGUAUUUUCACAGUAUUGGAGAAUACCCUAUAAUUGACGGGUGA